UUUAGUGUUAGUUAAUAAACUUUUAAGUAAUAAGUGAACACACUUGUGAUCUAAGACAGUACUGCUAUACAUGAUAAGUUCUCCCUCUUGGUCAUGCAUAUACUGUGAGAACCUUUAAAUAUUCUCUGAUACUGACUCUGAGCAGUUGAUUUUUUAAUUAAGUUUUUAUCACACUGUAUAUCAUCAAUAUUAGAUGUCAGGUAUGAAAUGAAUGACGAUAUUUCCUCAAUAGACCAUAUAAUAGUGUAUUGCAGAUUUCUUAUAACAUCUGAAAACUCCAUGUCAAAAAUUACAUACCAAAUCAGCAAUGUUACACUGUUAUAAAUUCUGCUUGAGCAACCUGACUGACCUAUUUAUUGUAUCUAUUUAUUUCAUUUAUUAUUCUUCAUUUAUACCACUGGAACCCAUAACAGUGGGCAGAGCAUGGAGGGAAGCCACCACCAUCUGCAGGUUGCUUGCAAACCGGAGAGGAGGCCAACUUGAGCUUGACUUGAACUCACAGUGACUGCAUUGGUGAGAGGCUCCUGGGCCACUGUGCUGCGCUAGCACGCUAACCAUCAGUCUAUGAAGGCCCUUGCACUGACUGAUGAUGAAGCAAAACCUUGGAGAUUCGAGACCUUUGGCUGUUGACACAAAAGAAGUGAAAUAUAACCCUAAAUAUGACGAUCUGUUUGCACCACAGGUUGGACCAGAGCAUCCGUUCAAGACGCAGCAAUUCUCAGCCAGCCGGAAUAGUUUGGCCGGUUUUGUGGAACCAGCUCAUGUGAAUGCUUUCACAUUUGAGACACAAAGACGAACGUUUACCAGCUAUGGCUAUGCUAUGGACCCAAGUGUUGACAGUGUAGGAAAUGAAAAAGUUGUUGGCGACGUAACAAAGGCAGAAGACGCAAAAGGUCUGACGGUCUUUGAAGCGUCAAAAGACCGACCUGGAGAUAAGAGGAAGAGGCUGAAGAAUCCUGAUGCCAGUGACAUUGAGGGUUACCUGGGGCCUUGGGGCAAGUUUGUGGAUGAGAAAACUACAAUGAAACCAGAUGAGGAACAAAAGAAAGAGCUUGAUGAAAUCUUGGCAAAGAGAAGUAAAACAAGCAAACAAGUGGAGGAGAAGCCUGCUGAGGAGAAAACCACUUUACACAUUAAAGAUGCCUACGACUACCAAGGCAGAUCAUUCCUGCAUAUUCCUCAGGAUGUUGGUGUUAACCUGAAGUCUGAGGAUCCUCCUGAGAAGUGCUUCCUGCCUAAAAAGCUCAUCCACACCUGGUCAGGGCACACUAAAGGAGUGGCAGCCAUACGCUGGUUCCCCGGGUCUGCACAUCUACUGCUCUCUUGUAGUAUGGACUCCAAGAUAAAGAUCUGGGAAGUGUAUAAUGACAGGCGAUGUGUUCGCACAUAUCUGGGUCAUAAGCAAGCUGUCAGAGAUGUCAGUUUCAACAAUGACGGCAAGCAGUUCCUCAGCUGUGGCUACGACAGAUAUUGUAAAUUAUGGGAUACAGAAACAGGGGAAUGUAUAUCAAGAUUCACCAGCAGAAAAGUACCAUACUGCGUCAAAUUUAACCCAGAUGAUGACAAGCAGCAUUUGUUUGUAGCAGGAACAUCAGACAAAAAAAUUGUUUGUUGGGACACUCGCACAGGGGAAGUGGUACAGGAAUAUGACAGACAUCUGGGGGCAGUGAACACUAUCACGUUUGUUGACCAAAACAGGAGAUUUGUCACGACGUCUGAUGAUAAGAGUUUGAGAGUUUGGGAAUGGGACAUACCUGUUGAUUUUAAGUACAUUGCUGACCCGAGUAUGCACUCCAUGCCUGCUGUCACUCUUUCCCACAAUGGAAAGUGGUUGGCCUGCCAAUCCAUGGAUAACCAAAUCUGCAUAUUUAAUGUCCUAAACAGAUUCAAAUUUAUGAGAAAAAAGCGAUUCACAGGGCAUAUGGUGGCUGGUUACGCAUGCACAGUGGACUUUUCCCCAGAUAUGAGUUACAUUAUCUCAGGUGAUGCUGAUGGCAAGCUGUAUGUUUGGGACUGGAAAACCACAAAACUGUACACAAAGUUCAAGGCACAUGAUGAUGUGUGUAUUGGGGUACUGUGGCAUCCCCACGAGACGUCUAAAGUAGCCACAUGUGGUUGGGAUGGUGUCAUCAAAUACUGGGACUGAGUGUCACGCUGGUUAAGCCCAAAUUGCAUGGGACAGUCAAAAUGGAAACAGAGACAUCUCUAUAGCAAUAUGACUUACAGACCUCCUCUCAUCAUGUACUGUGAGUCACAGGGCAUGUAUAUAUGCAUAUGUGCUAUGAUUGCCAGAAGCAAAGGGAGAUUUAGCUCAGUGACUAAGGUAUGGGACUCCAAACCACGAGGCAUACAAGUUAAACCUCUCCUGGCCUGGGAGAGGGAAUAUGUAGAUUCCCAUUCAGUCCCUGGUCACAGGAGGUCAAGGUGACACGAAUAGGUUGACGGCGACUGUAGGGGUGUUAGCACCAUCCUAAGGCAGCUUGUCUGUACAUGAUGACAGCUUGUCAAACAGAUAUUCAUCAUAUAAUUUGAAAUAUUCUUGAACGUGGGGUUAAUCAAUAAUCAACCAAUCAGGACCAAGUGAAGAAUGUGCCUAUUGAAGCUUGCAUCAUGUCAUCAAGGAACAUUGAUGGUGAAGUUUCAUGUCAUCAAAAACAGAUGCUGACAGAUUAAGGAUUUGUACCUUUGUCAUCAUGAAAAUCACUGUAGUCAUGUAGAAUACAUGCAUAUGUAUAUGUGUCAUUGUAAU